CUGGUCCAAGGGCUGGUCCGGCCCGGGCCGUUGACGUCACCGCCAAGUUUGCUGCCCUCCGCGCCCCACGUGUGGCGGCAGCGGCCUGGGAGGCGGCGGGGGAGAGCCUGCGAGAACAGGGCAGCCGCUGACAGGUCCCGCGCAGCCCGGCUGCGCCACGCGGCUCACAGGUGGGGCCCAAGAACAGUUUGCAGCCUCCCGGAGCGCACCAAGCGGGACGGACCGCUCGGGGUGUAGGCCUUCUGGGUCACACUCGGACAGAGGGACUAGGGGGCACCUCGCACCAGGGCCGAAAGGAUCCGAGCCCAGAGCCAGAGGGCGCGUCCAGUCGGGCCAGGAGAUCAGAGGAAGCAGGGUCUGGGGCACUGUCGCUCGCCGCUGUCUGGAGCGCACGCAGCUCGGCGGCCCCGGAACCGCGCGUCCCCUCUACUAGGACCAAACCCAGAAUGCACGACCGCUGAGGGAGAUCCACGCGGAGAGGACGCUUGGUAUCGGGGCUGAGUCGCUCUUCUUCGCCACCGUUGCCUAGAACCCCAUCCCAGAGACUCUUAGAGAACUGGGGCGCGAGCGCUGCCCCUAGCCUCAGGACUUGGGCAAGUCUAAGACCUAAGACGAUGGUUUCUUAAGCACGGCACUGCGUCCCCUUCUUACCCCCCUCGACUGGAGGCAGGGAUCCCGCGCAGGGCUCCCGGGGCUCCGUUCCCUGGAGGAGCCCCUGCAGCCGCCUCUCAGGGCAGCUCGCACCGCCGCAGGGGCUCACAGGCUAUGUGGCCUCCGUUCAGAGCGCAGGCCCACCUGGGGGAUGUCAUGGCACCUGGUGGAGUACCGGCCUAGCAUGGCCCGCGCGCUGCCCCACGUCGCCUCCGGCUAGGAUGGCCCCUCCGGGCCCAGCCGGCGCCCACCCGACCUCGGCGGAGCCGUUGUCCCGCAGCAUCUUCCGGAAGUUCUUACUGAUGCUCUGCUCCCUGCUCACGUCCCUUUACGUCUUCUACUGCCUGGCCGAGCGCUGCCAGACCCUGUCCGGCCCCGUCGUGGGGCUGUCCGACGGCGGCGAGGAGGCGGGGGCCCCGGGUCGCGGCGUCCUGGCCGGAGGCCCGAGGGAGCUAGCGGUGUGGCCCGCGGUGGCGCACAGAAAGCGUCUCCUGCAACUGCAGCAGUGGCGGAGACGCCGGCCUCCUGUGCCGCGCGACGACGGCGGCGAGGCAGCCUGGAUAGAGGAGACCCCUGGCCUGGUCGCCAGUCCCGGAGGUUCCGGGGCGGGAAGCAGCGUGGCCGAGGCUCCGCCGGGGACCUUGGCUCUGCUUUUGGACGAAGGCAGCAAGCAGCUGCCGCAGGCCAUCAUCAUCGGCGUGAAGAAGGGCGGCACACGGGCUCUGCUAGAGUUCCUGCGCAUACACCCCGACGUGCGCGCUGUGGGCGCGGAGCCCCACUUUUUCGACCGCAGCUACCACAAGGGACUCGCCUGGUAUCGGGACCUGAUGCCGAGAACCCUGGAAGGACAGAUCACCAUGGAGAAGACGCCCAGCUACUUUGUCACGCGGGAGGCGCCCGCGCGCAUCUCGGCCAUGUCCAAGGACACCAAGCUCAUCGUGGUGGUGCGCGACCCGGUGACCAGGGCCAUCUCGGACUACACGCAGACGCUCUCCAAGCGGCCCGACAUCCCCACCUUCGAGAGCUUGACGUUCAAAAACAGGAGCACGGGCCUCAUCGACACGUCGUGGAGCGCCAUCCAGAUCGGCAUCUACGCCAAGCACCUGGAGCACUGGCUGCGCCACUUCCCCAUCGGCCAGAUGCUCUUCGUGAGCGGCGAGCGGCUCAUCAGCGACCCGGCCGGCGAGCUGGGCCGCGUGCAGGACUUCCUGGGCCUCAAGCGCAUCAUCACCGACAAGCACUUCUACUUCAACAAGACCAAGGGCUUCCCCUGCCUGAAGAAGGCCGAGGGCAGCAGCAAACCCCACUGCCUGGGCAAAACCAAAGGCAGGACCCACCCCGAGAUCGACCGCGAGGUGGUGCAGAGACUGCGCGAGUUCUACCGGCCCUUCAACUUGAAGUUCUACCAGAUGACCGGGCACGACUUCGGCUGGGAUGGAUAACAAAUAUAAUUUAAAAAGAAAAAAAAAGAUCAAAAUAUAAUAUAUUUUUUUACCAAUCGGUACAGAAAAGGCAGUUUAAUAUUUGUGCUGACUAUAUUUGUUUCAGUAUUUUUUGCAAUGAAUGAUUGUUCUGUCUCCCGCCCCAUUUUAAUGUAUAACCAACACCAUACAUUUGGAUAAACAGAAAAGGAAAUCUUCACUUCAUAUAAAUACUUUCAAUUUUAUUUUGUGUUCUCUAUACCCAGUCAUCAAGUAUAUGCAUUAGUUACCAUUUGAAGAAAAUCGUGAGGGUCAUCCCCCGCACUCUCUCUUUAAUACAAGACCCUGUUAAAAUUGUUAUCCAUUCUUCUGUUUUUCUACCUUCUUCCUCUGCCACUUUAUUCAUAAAUCAUUUCCCAUUUAAUAAUACCAUAUGUUUGCACAUCACUUCAUGGUUUUCAUAAUGCUUUCAAAUACAUGUUUUGAUCCUUAUAGGACUAAGUGGUUGGUAUGAGAGUGUAAUACAUAGAGAUUAUCAUCCCCAUUUUACAGCAAGGGAAACUGAGUCUCAGGGAGGUAACAUGACACAAGGUCAGAUGAUGAUCCUGGACAAAAUCCCAUCUUCCAUUUGCUCCCUAUUUCAUGCCACUUUUUUCAAGGGAGAAUGGGAACUGAAAUAUUUUCAGUUUAGAAGUUAGUUUGGAUGAUCCAAAAAGGGACAGACAUGAAUUUUUAUUGCUUUCUAAAUUCCAGGCUAACCUUAUGGCAUCCAGUAUCAUUACAUAGUUGUACUUAAGAAAACCACUAAGACCUGGACACCACCUCUUUGGGGAGUCAUUCUUAGCUCUUGGUUGAUCAAAAUACCUUGAAGCACAAAAAUUUAACUGAUCAAUACUUGACUUGAGUUUGCCAGAAAUCACUGGAUUCUCCUAUUGUGGGCAAAACAGACAGCCACACUAGGAAUAGAAUAAAAUAUGGUAGGAGUACUACUCAUCUAUUUGUUGAUUUGACUUUUUGUUUUAAAAGAGAGACCCACUUCAAUUAGUAUGAAUCUCAUUUUUCCUUAUCUCUCUUUGAAGAAAGAAAAUUUGCGUUUAUUUGUAAUACCUCACUGUUAACAUUGGAACUAGUACUAAAGAAAUGAUCAAUUAACAGCUUAUUUAUAAUCUUUUAUUUUUCAUCAGUGGAGGACUGUUACUUGGUCACUUUAUUUUCUUUCUUCCCUUUCCUCUUUCUACCAAUUUUAAACUAAUGCUCAUUCAUAUUUGGAAAAUGUUCUAAGAAAUGCAGUUCUGGGUAUAAUGGUGGCUUUCCUCUUCUUCUGUCUGUUCCUUGCCUUUCCUCAUUUAAAUCACUCAAAUAAAUCAAUAGUUUAUUAAGAGUAUUCCUUUGCUCUCUGAGUGGUAUUAACAAGAUUAGCAUUAAUGGGAAUUAAAUUGGUUUAGAGAGGAGCACAUAUGCAUGAAAUAUAUAAAACAUUUAUAAUUAGUCUGUCAGCAACAUUUUAUUAUAUGUUUAAACCCAAGAGGAAAAAUGUCUCUUUUCCAUGGAAGUUUCCUUUAUCUGCCAAGAUUUAAAGGACCAGACACUCUAGUAUGCUAAAAUACUGUUUCUUCUCCAGUGUUGUCAUUGGAAGAAAAAAAAAAUUAGGUUUUUCUUUUAAAUGCUGUACAAUUGUGCAUUAUCAUAGAUGCUAUAUCAGAGGAUGUAAAUAUUUCUUGAGAAACCUAACACAGGAUUCAAAUGAAAGAAAAAAAUGUUUUAAUUUUCUAGAUACUUUGUCAUUGCUCCAAAUCUUUGGGUUUAUUUAUUAAUAUUCCAUUUAUGGGAAUUAAGUAAACCCCAAAGUCAGGUCACCUUUUUCCAAUUGAUUUCCUUCACUUCUGUGCCCUCAAUUUUCCAAGACUACAGCCUGUUUUUGUACUACUUGAAUGUCACUAUCAACAAGAAGAUAUUCAUUUUAAACUCUCCUCAUCUUUUAACUCAUUUUGUCUAUGCUUCUGAAUCUUUUGUGUUUGUUUGCUUGACAUUAUGCAAAAAUGGCUUGCACAAAGAGGCAAUUGCAUCUAACAGUUGCGUUCAGUAACCUUCCUCUUUUUGUGUGGAAGAAAUAAUAAAAGAACAAAAAUUGAGUGCAAAGGAUCUCUUCUUACCCAUAGAUGCUUUUGUUCCUAUUAUUUUAAAAAAGAAUGACUACAGAACACUCCAGGAAUACUGUCAAAUUUUAAGAUUUCCAGGAAGAGUGUUUGAAGCUAUAGGUCUCAGCAAAAUGUGAAAAGAUCUAGACUGAGUAUUCUCCAAAUUUCACCCAGGACAGGACUGUUUCAUUUUCUGCCUUCAAUGUGGUUGUUAACUCCUACUGUGCAUGAAGUUGGUCUCCCAUUUACUUUGCCUAUUUAUCUGCACCAAAUUAAAGUGUUUGAUCUUGAAUGGAACAUCUUAGCCAUAUUUUCUCCAAGCCAUCUUCUCCAAAGCCAUGCCUAUCGACUCCCUUCACUUUUCUUAGAGGUAGAAUAUAUUUGCAGGAGAAUAUCUGGAAAAGAUCUACAGUUUCAUGCUGAGCACCUUGCUUGUGAGAUCACAUAUAUAGUGCAUAGUUUUAAAGCAAAUUAAUUUUAUGCAAACAACUGGAAAUCAAUAGACUUCUAGAGAAUGGGUCUUUACUAUUCUGGAAAGAUUAAUCUUACACCUUAAAAAAAAUUUCCAGUAUCUUCAAAGCUAGAAUAAACCUCAGUGGUAAUUUGGAUCAAAUAUCCAUUUCACACUUAAAUCAUAAGUGUGUCUGUAAAUUUUUAACUGUUGAUUUUGCAGUUUGAAAGGGGAUAAAUUCCUCCUAAAACACAUUCAUCCUGUUCUGCCAUCUCAGACCUGCCAAGUCUCCUAUUACCCAUGAAGAUUUCUUAAAUGCAAGAUUAAUAAACAAAUGUGCCUAUAAAAUAGCAAUACCUAAUAUUUUGUAACAGACACAUCAUUUCACCUUUUAAAAACAGCAACUCUUUCUUCUCAUUAGUGUCACUUUACAGAGGAGGAAACUAAGGCUAAGACUGUGCAUCCCAGGGUAAUGUCUGGAGACACUUGUUGUCUCAAGGGUUGAGUGUGGGAUGCUACUGACAUCUCAUGAGUAGAGUCCUGGACUGCUCCAAAACCUGCUUUAAUGCACACACCAAGCCCAUG